ACUCAUUCUUUCAGGGCCCCAUUUUAGAACUUCCUGUUGUUUGAGGGGCGCCUAGGUGGUCAGUGGGUUGGGCGUUCAACUUUUGGUUUCGGGUCAGGUCAUGAUUUCAGGGUCCUGAGAUCGAGCCCUGCCUUGGGCUCCAUGCUCAGCGAGGAGUCGGAUUGAGAGUCUCUCUCUCCCUCUGCCCAUCCUCUGUUCUAGCAUGCAAAUACAUGCACAGUCUCUCUGUCUCUUUCUAAAACAAAUAAAUGUUUUUUUUAAUGUUUUUUUUUUUUUAAAACUUCUGUAUUGUUUAAUGGUUACAGGCUUCCAUUUCCAACGUCCCCUCAUCCCUGCUUCCAGCACCCUGCGGCCCCUGGUGUUGCUUGACUUGGGUCCUAUGGGAUGCCUGAGGUGGGCCCUGUCCUUGUGGAUCCUUAGAGGCCAAGACCAGCAUCCUCUCUCUACCCUGACUUCCAGUCUCCUCUGACACAUGGUAAUAAUGGGUGGUGUUAAGAGGAGUCCAAGGCUGAAUUAUCUUUGGAGGAAGGAUAACCCUUCUGGCACCUGGACUGAGGGCAUUUGGGACAGGUAGUACUGCCCCCUAGGGGGCAUUCUGGUAACUUACAAGGCAUUUUUUGAGGCAAAAAUGUGAAGGGAUGCUGCUGGCAUUUAGCUGUUAUGUGCAGGAUGCUAGGCAACCUGAACUGCUUGAGACUCUUCCCUUAUUAUGAAGAAUUCCCAAGGCAACUCUUGAAUGACCCACUGGACAUCAUGUAUAUGAAAAGCCUGUUCAUGUGAACCUAGAACUUUUUAGCACGUAAACACGAGAUAGUUUGCACAUUUUGAAAAAGACUGUUUCCAAGGAAUGUACCUACGUGUAAAUUAAAACUGGACUUUGCUUGGUUCAGCACUUUGCCAAGAACUUGCUCGUUAUUUUGGAACAUCAGGUCACCAAUGGCAGCGCGGCUUGUGGCACGUGAGUCACCAGGAAAGCACCAGAAUCAGUGGGCAUUGUAGACACCACAUCCACGGUGAUUCGACAUGCGGGCUGGCAGUGCAUUACAUUGUCUCCUUGUUUAGCUGGGCCCAAGCUUUCACAUAUGAGAUACUUGUUAUCAAUCACCUUUAUUUCUCCUUUCUGUUACAGUGAGGAUAUUACAUGGAGUUGUGGUCACUGUUGCCACGUGCCAUGUAUGGAUAUUACUUACCCAUGCAUUUCCUUCCUGGGGAGUCCUGGGGGCUGGACUCCGAAAAGGCUGAAAACUGGUGUAACACUGAUCUUUCCAGUUGCUGGUGGACAGCCAAGACAAGAAGAGAGCAGGGCUGCAUGAGCCGAUCACCCCACCAUCCCAUCCAACUCCGAUCCAUGGACCUGCAGGAUGCCCUGGCUCCUCUGCCGUUGUCGUCGUCACCACUGCCAUCACCGCUGCCGCCACCACAGUCUGCUGUUCAAAAUCCCUCCUCUCACCUUUGGGCUUCUCAGUGUGGGCCUCCUCCCUGGGGCCUCAGCUGUCUUCUGGCUCUGCAGCAUAUCUUGGUCCUGGCUUCUCUGCUCUGUGCCUCCCACCUGCUCCUGCUUCAAGGACUCCCGCCAGGAGAGCUCUCUUCCUCCCCUGCCCAGCUCUUGGCCUCCAGCUUCUUUUCCUGUGGUGUGUCUACCAUCCUGCAAAUUUGGAUCGGCAGCAGGCUGCCUCUUGUCCAGGCUCCAUCCUUAGAGUUCCUUGUCCCUGCUCUGGUGCUGACCCAGAAGCUACCUCUGGCCAUGCAGACCCCUGGAAACUCCUCCCUUGUGCUGCGCCGGUGUGGGGGGCCUGGCUGCCCUGGCCUGGCGCUCUGGAACACUUCUCUCCGAGAGGUGUCCGGGGCUGUGGUGGUAUCUGGGCUGCUGCAGGGCACGCUGGGGCUGUUGGGGGGUCCUGGCCACUUGUUCCCCCACUGUGGGCCCCUGGUGCUGGCCCCCAGCCUGGUGGUGGCAGGGUUCUCUGCCCACAGGGAGGUGGCCCUCUUCUGCUCUACUCACUGGGGCCUGGCCUUGCUGCUUAUCCUGCUCGUGGUGGUCUGUUCUCAGCACCUGGGCUCCUGCCAGGUACCCCUGUGCCCCUGGCGGCCAGCUUCAAACUCUUCACCCCACACUCCCAUUCCUGUCUUCCGGCUCUUCUCGGUACUGGUGCCGGUGGCCUGUGUGUGGAUCAUCUCUGCCCUUCUGGGGCUGAGCCUCAUCCCUCUAGAGCUGGCUGCGUCCCCCAAGGCACCAUGGGUCUGGUUGCCUCACCCAGCUGAGUGGACCUGGCCCUUGCUGACACCCAGGGCUCUGGCUGCAGGCAUCUCCAUGGCUUUGGCAGCCUCCACCAGCUCCCUGGGCUGCUAUGCCCUGUGUGGCCGGCUGUUGCAAUUGCCUUCGCCCCCUCCACAUGCGUGCAGUCGAGGGCUGAGCCUGGAGGGUCUGGGCAGUGUGCUGGCCGGGAUUUUGGGGAGCCCAAUGGGCACUGCAUCCAGCUUCCCCAACGUGGGCACAGUGAGUCUUAUCCAGGCGGGAUCUCGGAGAGUGGCACACUUGGUAGGGCUGCUGUGUGUGGGGCUUGGGCUCUCCCCGAGGCUGGCCCAGCUCCUCACCACCAUCCCGCUGCCUGUGCUUGGUGGGGUACUUGGGGUGACCCAGGCCGUGGUUCUGUCUACUGGAUUCUCCAGCUUCCACCUGGCUGACAUUGACUCUGGGCGGAAUGUCUUCAUUGUUGGCUUCUCCAUCUUCAUGGCCCUGCUGCUGCCAAGAUGGCUUCGGGAAGCCCCAGUCCUGAUGAGCACAGGCUGGAGCCCCUUGGACGUGCUACUGCGCUCGCUGCUCACAGAGCCCAUCUUCCUGGCAGGACUCUUGGGCUUCCUCUUAGAGAACACCAUUCCCGGUACAAGACUUGAGCGAGGCCUAGGUCAAGGGAUGCCAUCUCCUUUUGCUGCCCCAAAGGCUCAGAUGCCUGAGAAGUCCAGGGAGAAGGGUGCCAAAGAGUACGAGCUUCCUUUCCCCAUCCAAAAGUUGCAUCCCUGCAUCCCCCAGCCCCUCCGUUGCCUCUGCCCGCUGCCUGAAGACCCUGGGAAUGAGGAAGGAGGGCCCUCUGAGCCAGGAGAGACAGCCAACUUGUUGCCUGGCUUUGGGGAGCAGUGUCCUGAGUCUAGCAGAGAACUUGGGUCCCAGUGAUUACCAGGACUCCUACUCCUGCCCUGGUUAGUUUAGCCCUAACUCCCAGCUUGCUGGAGACUCAGCUCCCAGGUUCUAAUUUCUCCUAGAAAGAGGUGUAGAGGUGUGUGUGUGUGUGUGUGUGUGUAUGUGUGUGAGAAACGGGCCCAUCUAAAGCUCAUUUCUCGAUAGGUGUGUUGCCUUUCCUUCUUUUAAUUAGGCCUAACUUCAGGUGGGGGCCAUGGUUUAGUGGGCCAGGAAUGAACAAAUGAGAUUCUGCAUGUGAACUAUCUAGUCGAACCCCAGCGUUCACUUAAGAAAUAUUUAUUGAAGGCCUCCCAUGGGACGCCCAGGUGGCUUGGGGGUUGAGCGCCUGCCUUCAGCCCAGGGUGUGAUCCUGGAGUCCAGGGAUCGAGCCCCACAUGGGGGUCCCUGCAUGGAGCCUGCUUCUCCCUCUGCCUGUGUCUCUGCCUCUCUCUCUCUCUCUUUCUCUCUCUGUGUUUCUCAUGAAUAAAUAAAAUCUUAAAAAAAAAAAGAAAAAGAAAAAAGGUCUCCCAUGUGCAAGGUCCUGGAAUUACAGAUAUGGAUAAAACACAGUCCCUGCCUUCUUUAAGGUACUUACCAUUUAAAAAGACUUAUGUGUAAAAAAAAAUAAAAUAAAAAAAAUAAAAAGACUUAUGUAAUCACUAAAAUCUAA